UGUCUGUCACAUGUACGGAAGUUGCUGCAGGCGGGAGAAGCGCCAUGGCCGAGGAGCCCAGGUCGGGGCCGCCGUUGGCGGCGGUGGAUGUGGUUUCUCCCUCCUCCGGGGGUCCGGCGCCGGCAUUGCCCCGUAUUCCCACUCUCACUCCCACAGUCGGCGGGGUGGCUGUAGGCCGCUCCCUCAGGAGGACACCUGUUGGGCCAUCCAAAAAGUUACAUGCAAGCUUUAAAUCACCAUCACUGUCAACCCACCGGAGCACGGAGCUCAGUGCCGCCGAUCUUCAGAUUGAACUCGGAGAUCUGAAGAAGAAAUCUGAAGAUCUCGACCGCCAGAUUGCUGAACUGAUCUCAGAAGGGUAUACUCUCGAAGAGCUCGACCAGCACAUUGACCAGCUCCACGAGUACAAUGACAUCAAGGAUGUGGGCCAGAUUCUGCUGGGAAAACUGGCAUUGGUCAGAGGAGUCACCAUCAAGGAUCUGUACAGUGAAUUUGGACUGGAGUUGGACGACUAGACUGUAGCAAGACGCAGCUCCACGCAGUGUGGAGGUGGAGGGGAGGUGCCCUUCUCCUGCUGUUUUGGUCACUGUGUUGCUCCUAUCAAUAAUGGGGAGCAGGGAGAAGAACAGUUAAUCAAAUCCCAGAGGCCCCUACAAUAUUGGUGGGACGGGGGCAGGUUUGGAGCUUGGUGUAAUGAUCCAAAUCACAGUGGAAUUUGAAUAAAAUCAGUCCAGUGGCAGACCAGCAAUCAUAGAUUUUGUGGAGCAGUUGCCAAGGCAGCCACAAAUACUUGGUGUAUAGUGUACAUUAAGUAAUACUUAUACUUAGUGUUCACCUCUGAACCCUCAGCCCCUUGUUUACAGGGAGUGAUCCCUGUCGUGUUACCAGGAGAACUCCCCAUUGUUCAGCACCUGUACACAGUCCGUCCAUUCUGAGCAGGAUGGAUCAGAGGGUGUGGCGCAAUUACUUUAUUUAGAAAUGACUUCCAGUUGGAGACAUCGGUUGAUUUAUAGUCCUUUGUUCCAGGCACAGGUUUUAGCGUCAGUUUAGAAAUGGAAUUAACCAUUAAAUUUCUGUGUUCCGCGUCCUGUCACAGGGGCAUCACCCUGAGUUCAGCCCGCUCUGGCUAGAUUUCCUCACAUGUCAUGGCUUUUGCGAAGGUUUGGGUGGGGUGAUGGGAGGACGGAACUCUAACAGACUUCUUGUAGACCCGAAUUGGUGGAUGUUGUGGUGUUGUCCUGUAAACUCUGGCCAGAGUACAGAGCUCAGCAAAGGGCAGGAAUUAAACCUGCACUUGAUGCUCAAAGUUGACAGGACAUCGAGUGAGCAAGUUGUGCCAAUUUAUGAGCCAGUUCUUCCAUAUGUUAUUGAAUGUAGAGGAGCAAAAUUGAUCAAUUAAAAAAAUGUUCAUUUUUCCUU